AUACAAUACAAAGAGUCUGAGAAUUUAAAAUAAAAAAUACAUAUGUCUUAGUUUAAAUAUUAAAUACAUUUUUAAACAAAUAUAAAUUUUUUAAGGAUUUUCAAAAUACCUUAAAUCGUUGAGUAUACAAAAAAAAAUGGAGCAACAACCAGACAAGGAUUCCGUAAAAGCUCUCGAAGCUGAAGUUAAGGUAUUGGACACUGAACUGGCACUGCAACAUGCCGGGAAUAGAAGAAAUAGGCUUAAACUGGAGAUCGCAGAGUUGGAGGAGGUCCUGGAGAAGCAGAGUAUAGCAUUGAAGAAGGCCAACAAAAACAGGAAGGCAGCUAAGAUAAUUAUCUCAAGUUUGAUGGAUUUGAAUCAGACGGAUGGUAAUAACUGGACAGAGUCAAAUAAUCCUUCAGACAAUGAAGGGUCAUCCGAAGAUUUCGACGUGGAUGCAGAAUAGAAACUUUUCCAGUAAAAUCCCCCUUUCACAUCAUUUCGUUCAGCAAAAUGUUUCUUAAUAUUCGAUUAAAAAUCAAUUAUCAUCUUU